AAGUGAAGUGUAAUGUACUAAAUGAGAUAUUUAGGAUUCAAAUGAGAAGCAGGUUUUAUCCAGGGUCGGGGGGAUAAUAGAGGGUGGGGUAACCCAGGUGUCGAUUUCCAGGGGCGGAGUGUCGCCGUGGUGACCGAUGUUCCUCAUCGUUCCCAGGUUUCUAUGGAUACGAGGGCUUUCCAACGCACCACUGCCCUGCUGCUGUUGGGCUUGAUUACCGCCGGCCACCCGCUGCAAGCCGCUGGGAGAUUAUUACUCCUCGGCGACUGUGCUGUCACGGUCCACACCUACGAGAUGCGUCGGGACUUCACCGAGAUGCGGCAGAUCAUGGUCAAUGAGGAUAAGCACAUCAGCACACGGCUCAUUAGCAAACAGACCAUGAAGGAGCUCCAGCCUCUGGAGAGCUGCUGCUUCCUGAAGCAGCUGCUCAGCUUCUACGUGGAAAGGGUCUUCAGCAGCUACGUCCCCAACCAGUCCCAGUUCAGGAGGAACACGAGCAACUUAGCCAACUCAUUCCUCAGUAUUAGGAACGACCUGCUCAAAUGUCAGGAAGAGAUGCGCUGCGAAUGUGGUGCCGACAGCGAGGCCAGGCUGGCCACCAUCCAUGCCAACUAUGAGAAGCUGGAGCCCCGGGAUGGCGCUGUGAAAGCCAUCGGGGAGCUGGACUCGCUGCUGGAGUGGAUGGAGACAUACGGGGACGGCAGAAAGUGAGCAUGCGAGUGCUGGAAGCAGGAUGGAGACUGGGCAGCGUCCAGGAGAGAGGAAGGAGGGAGGAGGGAGGGAGAUACGGAGGGAGGGAGAUACGGAGGGAGGAGGGAGGAGGGAGCCCAACAGAGAGCGAACACUGUUCUACACAAUGUGUACAUGUUACUGUAAUGUCUAAGAUAUUUAUUUAUUAACAGUAUUAUUAAUAUUAUUAUUAUUUUAUUUUUUUUAUGCUGUGUCACAUGCCUGGCUCAUUGCAAGAGCCGAGAUCGACCUGGGACUCUGAGUCGCCGCCUCUUGAUCAUCAGCGGAAAUGUUAACAAUAGUAACUAAAGUAAAUACUGAAGAUAAAGUGACAGUUUUAUAUUUAUGAUCCAUUAUUUAUUACGGCAGCAUCUGCAGGGAUCUGUCACUGCCGCUGUUUUUUCGAUGGGCUUCACGAAAUAAAGCCUUAGCUUCUGUCAUACAUGGCUGUCAGUGAUCUUGACUGAUGUGUAAUGUAAUGAUGUGUUUAUUGAGACAAACCAGAUUUGCAUUGUAUGUACAAUCAUGCAAUGACAAUAAUGAACUCUGAUUCUAAUUCAGAUCAUCUCUAGCAUAGCCAUCCAUCCAUCCAUACACAUCUCUUAAGCCAGGGGUGG